GUUCCAGUUCCAGUUUUGGUUCCAGCUCCAACUGCAGUUCGAGUCAUGUACAAGCUCACCAUUUGCUGCAUGCUAAUCGUCGUCCUGGCGACUGCUGCCCUGGCCACGAACAGGCCCAGACCCGUCUGCGUGGGCCGCUGCACUGUGGGGGACUUGAGGCGCACCGAUUGGGUCUGCACCAGGGAUGCCAGGACCAAUCUGUGCACCAAGCUGCGACCCUGCCGACUUCGCGAACGCAACUGCGCUCUGAGGGAUCUGGGCCUGAAGCCGCUGCGACAGACGAGCCUGCGGCAGUGCGCCAAUGUCAGGGGCAUCGAGGGCACCGCCCGCUGUGCCCCC